CAACGUCCUCUUGUAAGACAGUGUGGGCUUGCUUUCUGCUUUCACUGCAGCUCACGAGACAACAGAAGACCGAAUUUCGAAAUAUGCUCACCAUAAGCGGAGCACGGGCUUAUUUUAUUUUAGACUCUUAGGAGGUUUCUGACUUUAACUGCGCUGAAGAUUGAGACAGACCGCACUGAGGGGAAAAAAAGACACAAAACAAGCUACAACUCGUGCAGGUGGUAGACCAUACAUUGACCGGGGAACCAGCUCACACUCGCCAUCCACACCUUUUCGUCUCACCUGAGCCUGACAAGAAAGAUUAAAAUGUCCGUCGAGAGUUAUUCGGCGCUGGAUGAGUCCUCUCUCCGAGCCUUGCUGGAUGGAACUGUAGAUCUGGACGAGAGGCGCCUCAUCCGUUCAGCCAUCCGGGACUUGAGGAGGAGGGAGAUAGAGGACUUGGAGGCCGCUCUGGCCAGCAAGAGAUUUCGUCCCACACUCCUCAAACAGCAGGAGGACAAGGAGAACCAGCACAGGUCACAAUCCAGCGACAACUUGGACGUCCUGUCUCAAAAGCUGCAGUCAAUCCAGGACAUCGAUGAGCUCACGAAAAUGCUCCGUGCCGCCAGCGAGUACGAGGAGAGGAAGAUGAUCAGAGCAGCUAUUCGACAAAUCCGAGAAGAUCAGCAGCAAGGGACUGUGGAGCGGGGUAAAGCUCCUGAUCGCUGCCUGGAGCCUGAGAGUGUGGAGCCCCAGAGAAGCAUGGGUACUGGGGAUACAGAGCAGGAGACUCGCAGGGAGCCAGAGUGUAUCAGAUCUCAGAUCCGGGAGUUACGCGGCCAGCAGACACAACAUAGCAGAGAGCUACAGAGACUAGGCUCCAACUCAGGCAUGGUGUUGGUUCUGGAUCACCUGGUGAAGGAUGAUGGCUCUGGACCUCUGCUGAUCCAGCCUCCAAGAGAAGCUGUGAGUGCUGAGCCCGACUUGGUCCUGUCUCAUCGGCAAAGGUCAGACUCUUCAGCUUCAGACCGCAGUGUGACCUCAGUGCGAUCCAGGUCCAAUCUGGAUUCUGUGGCCUCAGAGAAGAGUCUGGGCUCAGCCUACAGAGCCCGGCGGGACUCUGGCGCCUCAGACAGGAGCCAGAGUCCCUUGCAGCGUGGUCGGCUAGACUCUGGGGCAUCAGAGCAAAGCAUCAGCUCUCACCUCAGACAGAGACUGGGCUCAGAUGUCUCUGACUCUGGUGUCAGACCCCGUUUUGGCUCUGGGGCUUCAGACAGCAUUGGUCUGUUGUCAAGAAAACGGACUGACUCGGGAACAUCUGACCAGAGUGUGAGUAUGUCCUCUGAGGAGAGGGGUCCAGCAGAGGAGGUGGAGGUCGCCACAAGUGGUUCAACUUACAGCACAGAUUCAGAAACCGAAGGCAGAAGCCGCGAUCCAGCCGACCUCCAGACUCUGUCCAACCAAGACCACGUCAUUGACCAGGAGCAGCCAGAUGGGGCAGUUUUAUCUCGGAGAGAUCCUGCAAAUGGUCUGCUCAAUGGCAGUGCCAAGGGAAAAACCGACUUCCAGAAGCAAAAGAUAACAAUUAACAGCGACCUGCCCCUCACUCAUGGCAAAGCAAAGGAUUCUGCACUUGAGAAGAAAGAUGUUAUAUUGGAACAAUUCAACCGCACCAACUCUGUACGUGACCGAAUGCGCAAGUUCACAGAGGCCAGCCAGACCCUAAAUGUCCCCGCUUUGAAGAAAGCUCCUCUGAGGAAUGGGACCACCUCCGGCAGCAGUGGACAGACGAAUCUCUCCAGAGCUACUGAGCUGUUUACACACACAGCAGCAUCCCUCAGCACAUCUGGAGACAGGCCAGCAAGGCCACAUGUGGACUCUCACACCUCUGCCGCAUCCCAGAGUCAGGCCAUAAAUGAGCCAGGAGGUGUGGCUAACAGACCUCUGUCUUCAGCUAGCCAAUGGCAGAACUCCAUGGGUGGGACGAGGCAUCCAGCUGAAAAAGAUGUGCACGCCUCCAGUAACUCAAAGGAAGACAGAACCCCAGGGAGAGCAGCUGGACAGCAGGUCACCCAGGGAGAGGCAGACCCGGACAUGAAGACUUUCCUCACCAUCGAGAUCAAGGAUGGACGCAGCACCACCACCUCCUCAACAUCCUCCACUAGGGGCAACAUCGUACCCAUCACCAACAUGACCCCACGCAUCACCACUAAUACUCUGGGACAGAGAGCAGAGUUGACCCUUGGCCUCAGAGCGACACCAUUCAAGAUCUCCUCAUCCAGCGUCUCCUCCGGAUCCUCCAUCAAGAUAGAGACAGAGCCCGUUGUGGCCUCUGAGCCGGUGUUUUCAGCUGGACCAUCUGUUCAAGUGGCGUGUCACGUCCCAGCAAUCCCCAAUGGCUCCAGCACUCAGGCCAAACCCGACGAGCGCUCGGGAAAGCUGACUGCUGAACAGCUGGCUGCUAUCGAGGAUGAAGAGCUCCUUGACAAAAUGCUCGAUGAGUCAAAAGACUUUGAGGAGAGGAAGAUUAUCCGUGCAGCUAUGAGAGACCUUCGCAAGAAAAAGAGAGAGGCCAAGCUGGGAUGUACUCAAGAAGAAAUAGACCAGAGAGAAAAGGAGCGUGAGACCCGUGUGCAGGAGCUCCGGCAGCAGAGAGAAGAGCGAACACAGAUGGGUCGCGCUGGGGUCGGAGCAGGAGAGGUGGUCAUGAGGAAGGUGGAGAAGUCAGCGGAUGGCUCCACCCUCAGCCAAGUCACCAAAACAGACCGCUUUGCCCAGUCUGAUAAUGGGAACAGAUCAACACGCAGCACUGUCGUCGAGGCCAGUUAUGUGCAGAAAACAGACAGAGGGACACUCCAGUCAAAAUCAUACAGCUUCACCUCUUCCACGUCCUCUUCCUCCUCUAAUGCAAGCAAAAAAGUGGGCAGUGUGUUUGAUCGCGAGGAUGACUCGUCGUCUCGCAGCGGCAGCGGCGGGUUGGCCGCCGUGGAGCGAAGGCAGGCAGAGAGGCGCAAAGAGCUGAUGAGGGCUCAGACUCUGCCGAAGACCUCUGCCAUGCAGGCCCGCAAAGCCAUGAUAGAGAAGCUGGAGAAGGAGGGAGGCGGCCCUGGAAAUCAGGCGGUCGCCAAGGUAAACAAGGUCCAACGUUCCACCAGCUUUGGUGUACCCAACGCAAACUCCAUCAAGCAGAUGCUUCUCGACUGGUGCCGUGCCAAGACCCGCUCUUAUGAGCAUGUAGAUAUUCAGAAUUUUUCAUCCAGCUGGAGCAAUGGCAUGGCGUUUUGUGCCCUGGUGCACAAUUUUUUCCCUGAUGCCUUUGACUACAGCUCCCUGAGCCCCAGCAACCGCAGGCAAAACUUUGAGGUGGCCUUCAGCAAUGCAGAGACGUACGCCAACUGUAUGCCUCUGCUGGAAGUGGAGGACAUGAUGAUCAUGGGUAAUAAACCCGACUCCAAAUGUGUCUUCACCUAUGUACAGUCUCUGGUCAACCACCUGCGCAGAUACGAAAUGUCCAUGGGUCGGCCCUGUGACCUCUGACCUCACAGCCCUGACCCCUCCUCCAUCUAAACCUGAUGACUGCCUCCACACAGACGAGCUGCAUCACAGAGUUGCACAUCUCUGAUGGACAAGUUGGGGAUUGUGUGUGUGUGUGUGUGUGUGUGUCCGUUUGCUUAUUAUCUUUGUUGGCAGUGGUGAUGUGUAUUCAUUAUUUCGAUUCUCUUCUGAACACACAUUGUUAACACAAAGUCCACUUUUCUCCAGCAAGAGAGCGCCAAAGCUUUAAUAAGGGUACAUUUUAAGCUUUAAAAUUUACGUGGGUUUUUUGUGUACUCAAACUAAGCUUUGUACCAGGUAUUAUUUAACAUGCAGUGGCUGUGUCACUAUGGUAGUGUACUGAAAAACAUCUAGAGGGAAAAGAGAAAUAUUUUUAUAGUAUUUACCCUUUUUAAGUUAUUUGUACCAACUUUUUCUCUGCUACACUUUUGUAAUUAUUGUAGUUUGCUGGCAUUGCUGUUGGUAAUUCCACUGAAGAAGAAAAAUACACCCACCCUUAUUUGGUUUUCAUUUUGGUACUUAAUUUUUUAUUAAUUCCUUUUUACCCAAACUUGGAUUGCUUGAAGUAUUUUAAUUAAGUUAUUAUUCUCAUUUUGAUUUAAGCAAUUAGCAUAAUACUAUUUAAUACAUCAGCACAGAGCUGUUCUUUCUUCAUUGCUCUAAAGGAUGUAACAUUGUUAUUGUUGCAGUAAUCUCACCUCUAAACUCUAAAGUGCUACUGGGAACAUGUUUCAGAUUUCUACCCCUCCUGUAUUACUAUAUCAUCAUCAUCAUUAUUUUAACAGCACUAAUUCCUGCAGUCCAAACAUGUUCAGGUAGAUUGAAAACAAGUGGAGUUGAUUGCACUCUGAUGUCACAGCUGAAUUGUAUCAUUACUUGAUGUUUCUUACAGCUCAAUGACAACAUGUACAAAAAGACCUCACAGCAUCACUGCCUUGCCCUGCCAAACACAUUCACACACAGCUCUUUUAGAGGGCUCUUUAUUUAUGCUUGAGUAGAUUUUUAAAAUAUAUUAUUUUGUAUUUCGUUAGUGUAUACUUUAUGCAUCUAAAAGUUUUGUUUAAAAUGAAUCAAUAAGCUCAAGCUACCACAAUGUUUAGUAAAACAUAUGGGUAAUGGGCCAGAUGAAAGCUGGCUUUCUGUUAUGUAAACGUGAGUAAUCAUGACUGACCAUAACUGCCAAUUGUAUAUUUUACGACAUGAAGCUAAAGAAAAUUUUUAAAUGAAGAUUUUUAUUCUGCUGGUUCCUUAUAAGGAAGAUGUUUAAAAUCCGAUCAGAGCUUAUUUUGUUGAAAGUUAUUUCUUAAAGUUCUGUUUUAGUAGAUUUUAAUUGAGAAGUAUUCCACUGUUGCUAACUGAAAAACAAUUAACUUCCACCAAGCAGUGAGAGCUGUACAUAAGAGCUUAAACACCUUAUAAUUUCAUGUUUCUGUGCACCACAGUUAAAUGUGAAUUAAAAUUAAACCAAUUUGAGAAAUGAG